AUGGAUGUGUGGCAACAAAUUUUGCGAAAAGCCGGCUUUUCCGAAGGAAACGAAUUCGAGGUACAAACGUAUUAUGACGACACUGAGACAAUGAGAAUAUUUCGCGCAGCUGCAGGAGUUUUAGGUUUGUCGAUAGAUGACAUGUGGGAGAUGUAUGGCGAAUUUCUCAUCACAUUUGCUUGCGAGACAGGCUGGGAGAAAAUGCUUGCAUGUAUGGCCAAUAACCUUCAGGUAACUUUCUAGAC